AGCCAAAUUUACCAUGUUGCAGACAAGCGUAUAAAAAGCAAGCAUUUAUAAACUAAAUCCUUAUAGACUUCUCUAUUUUGUUCAGGAACUAUUAAGGAAUUAUACUGUAUCGGAAAGUCAAAGUGUAGCAACAAUUUUCGGAAAAAUGUCGCAUUGUAUGGUUAUUCUCUACUUCUUGGCGCUGGUCUGCGGGGCCUUCGCCUUCAGCGGCGAUGCCACGUGGUACGAUGUGGGACUGGGCGCGUGCGGUCAGUGGAGCAACAACAACCAACUGGUAGCUGCCAUUAGUCCUUCCCAGUAUGGAUGGCAUGCCAAUCCCAACACGGCCGCGGUCUGCCGAACAUGCGCCAGCGUCCGAGCUGGUGGCAGACAGGUCAAGGUGAAGAUUGUGGAUAAAUGUGACGGCUGUGCAAGUGGAUCGAUUGACUUAUCACCCGGCGCUUUUCAACGCCUGGCCUCACUGGAUACCGGCCGGAUCCGGGUGACCUGGGAUUACGUUAGCUGCUAAUUGCAAACUCGUCUAGACGACUGUAUCUAACCGUAGCUGCAGUAAGAUUCUAAAGGUCAUAAUUUGAUUAGCUCCCCUGUUCAACUGCUAUUAUGUAUGUCAUUCAUUAAAAUCACCGCAGAAUUUUAAAAAGGCAGUUACAAAUGGUUUGGUAUUAUCCGGUCGCGUGCCAACAAAUUUCGAUUUCAUUUGAAUACUUCCAAAUAUCGCUCCUAUUUGUUAUUGCAUACAAAAUAUGACAGUCUGAAACGUACUGCAUGUAUUCGAAAAUCGCCGCGAGAUUCAAGAGACGAUGAAACGCUGAAAAUGUUCAUGUUUAGAUAUUGCUAAUCUGAUAAGACUAAUCUUGCUUUUGUUACUUUAUGAUCAGCUAUUUUCAAUUCUAAAUCAAAACUGAAACCAGUAUUUGAAAGGAUCAAGAAUUUAAAACGUGGGCUUA